CUCCACGGAGCGGUCGCCACGCUUCUCCCGUUCCACUCGGGGAAAAAAAAUAUCUCGGCCACCACCGCGCGCGGAGCCUCGUGUGCGCCGCUUGCUUGCCCAUCGCGCCUCCGCUUGCUUGCCCCCGCGCGCUCCUGCUUAGCUGCAGCCAUGCUCCUCCACCUGCUGCCGCUCUCCUCCUGCCUCUCCUUCCCCGCGCCGCCGUUCCGCUCCAGCGCCGGCGCCGGCGCCGGCGCCGGCCUGCGGCUUCGGGCCGGGGGAAGGGCCAGGAGGCGGGCGCUCCGGGAGACGGACUUGCAGCCGGAGACCCCUCCGCGGGGGCGCCGCGGCCGCGAGGAGCAUGCGGCGGGGAGCGGGAAGGACGACGGAGCGCUGCUGGAGUCGGUGAAGAGGCUGCUGCUCGCUGACGAGGCGGAGGGAGAUGCGGCGGAGUCAGAGGAGCAGGGGCAGUUUCCGAAGCGGUGGGCCAUCGUCUUCCUCUGCUUCUCCGCCUUCCUCCUCUGCAACAUGGACCGCGUAAACAUGAGCAUUGCUAUUCUGCCUAUGUCCGCAGAGUUUGGUUGGAACCCGCAAACUGUUGGUCUCAUUCAGUCUUCCUUCUUCUGGGGUUAUCUUCUAACUCAGAUAGCUGGAGGAAUAUGGGCAGAUACUGUUGGUGGGAAGACUGUCCUUGGUUUCGGUGUGAUUUGGUGGUCCAUAGCCACAGCUCUUACACCCGUCGCGGCAAAGCUUGGAUUGCCAUUUCUUCUUGUUGUGCGGGCUUUCAUGGGAAUUGGUGAGGGGGUUGCCAUGCCUGCAAUGAAUAAUAUUCUCUCGAAAUGGGUUCCUGUAUCUGAGAGGAGCAGAUCAUUGUCUCUUGUGUAUAGUGGAAUGUACCUAGGGUCAGUGACAGGACUUGCUUUUUCCCCCUUACUGAUACAUAAGUUUGGUUGGCCAUCAGUCUUCUAUUCAUUCGGGUCUCUAGGGGUUGUUUGGUUCACGACAUGGGCAAGCAAGGCAUAUAGUUCCCCACUUGAGGAUCCUGGAAUCAGUGCUGCAGAAAAGGAGCUUAUUACUAGUCAAAGCACAGCAGGCGAGCCUGUUAAAACAAUUCCAUGGAGACUAAUAUUAUCAAAACCACCUGUUUGGGCGCUUAUAGUUUGUCAUUUUUGCCAUAACUGGGGAACUUUCAUUUUGCUCACAUGGAUGCCUACAUACUACAACCAGGUUCUGAAAUUCAACCUCAUGGAAUCCGGACUUAUUUGUGUUCUUCCCUGGUUCACGAUGGCAGUCUCUGCAAAUGUUGGUGGUUGGAUCGCAGACACACUUGUCAGUAGAGGUGUAUCUGUGACAACGGUUCGAAAGAUCAUGCAAUCAAUCGGAUUCUUGGGACCAGCAUUUUUUCUAACUCAACUAAGCCAUGUCAACUCACCCGCCAUGGCUGUGUUGUGCAUGGCUUGUAGCCAGGGAACUGACGCAUUCUCGCAAUCUGGUCUAUACUCAAACCAUCAAGAUAUCGGCCCUCGAUACGCUGGUGUACUACUUGGUCUUUCCAACACGGCCGGGGUUUUAGCAGGUGUAUUUGGCACAGCAGCAACAGGAUACAUCUUGCAGCAUGGUUCUUGGGAUAACGUCUUCGAGGUAUCAGUAGUGCUCUAUCUGGUUGGGACUUUGGUAUGGAAUUUAUUCUCAACCGGUGAGAAGAUUCUUGAUUGAAGUGUGUACAUAGCGUGCUUACAGUUCAAGGUGAUAAAUCCAUCCCGGUUCGACAACUUACCCCAUGGAUACAGUUCAAGAUAACAAAUGUGUCGUUUUGCAACUCAACUCUUGGAAGAGAGGCAACAGCAGAUUGAAAGCUCUAAUACAUGAGAUUCCCAACACAAGAAGCAUCAAACUCCGUUCAAUCCAGGAUGUUACUUGGUUGCACUGGUGCCCCGGUAACAAGACACUUGUGGAAAUUUGCAAAAUGAAGCAUGGGUGAGUUGAGCAAUGCACGUCUUGCUGUACAUGCUACUGUAUAUUGUGUUGAGCAUUAGGAUCCUUUACAGCAUAGCAGAUGAAUUCAGCAUUCAUCAUACACCCUGGUAUAUUUUUUUACUUGUUAUUCUUUUUCUCUGGAAUUGCUUGUUUCUGUAACAGCUCAACGUAGAUCAAAAUAAGAAAACUGGGGAAGGGGAUACUACUAACGCGCUCAACAUUUGAUGAAUGAUUAUGUAUUUACCAUUUCAGUUUUGACCACA